CGUGAUGAUGAAAGAAUGACGUUGGGCAAUGGCACCCGAUGGGCUGUGCUUGUUGCCGGUUCUAAAGGCUAUGGCAACUAUCGACAUCAGUCGGAUGUUUGUCAUGCUUAUCAAAUACUUAAAAAAGGAGGUUUAAAAGAUGAAAACAUAGUCGUCUUCAUGUAUGAUGACAUUGCUAAAAGUGAUGAGAAUCCGCGGCCAGGCACCAUUAUCAAUAGCCCUGCCGGCAAAGAUGUCUAUGCUGGUGUCCCAAAGGACUACACAGGAACGGAUGUCACGGUGGAUAACUUAUUUGCUGUUCUUCUUGGCGACAAAAAUGCAGUUAAAGGAGGAAGUCGAAAGGUUGUGGAUAGUAAACCGGAUGAUCGAAUCUUUCUUUUUUACUCUGAUCAUGGAGGCCCAGGAGUGCUUGGGAUGCCUAACACGCCUCACCUUGUAGCCAAAGAUUUGGUAGAUGUGUUGAAAAAGAAACAUGCCAUGGGUACAUACAAAGAAAUGGUUAUAUACUUAGAAGCAUGUGAAAGUGGAAGCAUAUUUGAAGGUAUAUUGCCUGAAGAUAUUAAUGUGUAUGCUACAACUGCAUCGGGUGCUACAGAAAAUAGUUAUGGAACUUACUGCCCCGGACAGGAGCCAGCUCCCCCACCCGAGUAUUUAACUUGCUUGGGAGAUCUGUACAGUGUCGCUUGGAUGGAAGACAGCGAGACACAUAAUCUAAAGAAAGAAACCUUGGAGCAACAAUUCAACAAGGUGAAGGAACGAACAUCUAAAGCUGAUACUUUUAAUUCGGGUUCACAUGUGAUGGAAUAUGGUACCAAAGACAUAAAACCCGAGAAGGUCUACCUGUAUCAAGGAUUUGAUCCGAAGACAGCUAACCUGCCAGGUAACCGAAUUGUCUUUGACAGGAAGAUGGGUGUCGUAAAUCAAAGAGAUGCUGAUAUCGUAUAUUUAUGGCAAAAAUACAAGUCAUCAAAAUCGAGAAGAGCAGAAGUUUUGAACGAGAUAACACAAACGUUGAAACAUAGGGGGCAUUUGGAUAGUAGCAUUGAGAUGAUCGGAGUGCUUCUUUUUGGACCACAAAAUGGUCGUUCUGUCGUGAACUCUGCUAGAGGUAACGGGCAACCUCUAGUGGAUGACUGGGAGUGUUUUAAAUCCACGGCACGGUUAUUUGAAAAGCAUUGUGGGGUGCUAACUCAAUAUGGCAUGAAACACAUGCGGGCCUUUGCAAACAUUUGCAAUAACUUGGUUGAGAAGGAGAGACUUGAAGAAGCUUUGGUUGCUACGUGUAGCGGAAAGAACAUCGGACCAUAUGUUAGCUUUGGGGCAUAUAGCAUCUGAUC